GCGGCCAUCAUCAAUCCAUUGACAUUGUUAAAAUGUUUUUAGUACGGAAGUUGUAAACUCUUCAAAACCGCAGCAAAUUUUCUUUGUUUCAUUGCAAAAGGCGUCGUACUAAGGGCAUAAACUUACAGUAAAUGUAGCUUUUUAGAUCGUUCAAUUGGAACAAACAUUGCAACAUGUGAUGCCUUACACUGCUUCGUGUUGUCUUGGUAUUUGAAUCUCGUGGUGUGAAUAAUUUUGAUGCUGGCUAACCACAACAAAUAUGGAUCAAAAUAUUCAAAUUUAUUCAAAAGCAUGACAAAACGUCAAAGAUUCCAUGGCAGACAAAAAGAAGUAAGCAAUAUAUUGUAGUAUUUACGUUAUAACAUCUUAAUAACUACAAACUGAAAGGGAAUACAUGAUCGAUAUUGAACGUAUGCGAAAUAUUCAAAGUCACAAGAGUUCAAACGAUCCUACAUGGUCUCUCGAUUUUUAGACAGAACACUAGAAAGAUUUGUCGUGAAACUGAGAUUUUUCAAAAGCAGACCAGAUGAGAUGGACUUGGAUCAGGGGGAUGUUGUCCUCGUGUCCGCCAAGUUCAACGAUGGCUGGUUCAAAGGAAUACGGCUGAGGGGUUACAAGGUUGGCUACUUCCCGGAGGACGUCGUAGAGAAAGAAUCCUUGAAUGAAAGUUGUAACGGGAUAGAUACCCCGCCAAGCGAAAACAACAAUGAACCUUGUGAUAUUGAGUUAACCGGGGAUGAGACAAUGGUUGAUAACGAGGAGAACAAAGAACUCGAUAAAAAUGCAAAAAGGACGAAAGCGGCCGAGGAAAUCUUGUCCACCGAAGUUUCAUAUUGCACUGGUUUAGAAUUAUUAGUCGAGAAUUUUAUUCAACCUAUGAAAAUUUAUGGAAUUUUAUCAAUAGAAGAAAUAGAUACUAUCUUUUCAAAUAUUGAGUCAUUAGCUGGUAUCAGUAGAGAAAUGGUCUCAAAGUUAAAAGUAUGUUUGGAAAACUGGGAUGUGGAGACUUCUCUUAUUGGGGACGUUUUACUUGAGAUGUUUUCAUAUCUGAAGAUGUUCAAACCAUAUUUUGAUUCACGAUCGGCGGCAAACCAGAUGAGAAUACGAUACGAGAAAUCCAACGACAGAUUUCGAAACUUUUUAUCAAAAGUUCAAUGUGGGCAGACGUUAGACUCGUUGCUUUUAAUGCCAAUUCAGAGAAUUCCAAGAUACGAACUUUUAUUGAAGGAACUGGUCAAGAGAACCGAACCGGAACAUCCGGAUUACGAGAACUUGUCAGAAGCGUUGUCCAAAGCACGCGAGACGGCUACGGAUUUGAAUGAACAUAUUCGACAGAUUGAAAACGAAUCAAAGAUAUUUGAGAUUAUAAACAUGUUUCCAAAUGAUGAAUUAGAUCUAAUCAUUAGCGAUUCCAACAAUAGCCCAAAGAUGAAACCAUCCCAAUCAGUGAAAUCAAAAACAAAUUUAGAAGUAGGAAAUGGUGUAAGAAGAAGCGUUUCCCUGACAGACCUCAACAGAGUUCGUAAUGGCAGCAAUCUUCACCAUGCCCCCUCGGAUCCUGCUAUUCACCGCAUUAACGGAAGACACAAGGAUCCCAAAACACAUAUAUUUAAAACCAGGAUGUUUAUUCACGAAGGAGCUGUACAAAAAGUUGUAUUUAAAAAUACUAAUGUUAAUCAGUCGGAGUUACCUCAGGAAUAUUCUGACAGAUAUUUGAUUUUAUUUUCGGACGUUGCUAUCGUUGCUGUGUCGGCAGGGAAUGUUCUCACAGGAAAUAAGUUCAAACUAAAAGAACGAAUCAAUUUGGCGCAAUGCUGGGUCGCCGACGCUGAAACUUUCUUACAGAAACCAGUUCCAGAUGAGACGUUUGUGCUUGGCACUCCAAGGAGAACAUAUGUAUUCCUGGCUCAGUCAGUGAAAGAGAAGCUGAGGUGGGAAAAACUACUACAACAGCGCAUAGCUGUGGAGAAAACGAAAUUAUUGGAGCUCUGGAAGUACAAAACAGUUCCUGAUGUGAUAUUUGUCAAGACAACGGGAAAAUCCAGAGUGGAAUACCAAGCUAUGAAUGAGAAUGAACUAAACCUACAUGUGAAUGAAGACGUCAACGUCAUUGGGUUUCGAAAAAAUGGCCAUUGGUUAGCGGGUUUGUACGACCCUGAUAAUAGUUCAUAUGAUUUUAUAAAAGAUUGGUUACCUGGUGUAAAUAGCAUGGGAAAAUUUGGUUGGUUUCCAGCGGAAUGCAUCCAUGGCAAUUUUCAAGACAACAAGGAAAAAUCGGUUGACCAGUUCAGCUACGUCUCUGUAGCUACGGCACUUCAGAUCAAACACCGAAUGGCAGAACUGACCAACUCGAAAAUUCAACCGAAAUUUUUGACCUCGGUGAAAGUCCAUAAAGCGGACGGAACAUUCAGAACUUGUAAACUCAACGAAGAAACCACGACCGAAGAUAUCAUCAAUGGCCUUGACAAACACAACCGAAUGACUGGUCUGAAUAUUGAAAAGGAUCGUAUCGAGUUAUGGGAGGAAUCGAAGGAUGGUUCUGUUAAACGAAAGCAUAAACACAACGAGAAGAUCCUGGAGAUCCUAUCAUUUUGGGGGGAAUAUGAUUCUCACAUUUCUUUCGUGAGCCGGACGCGUGGAGUGAAGGAUACUGUUCUGGAUACUUUGGCUGUUGAGCCCGCGCCAUUUGAGAGCGACAUCGAGAGACGUCGUGGUUCACACUCAGGAAGUUUCGCCACCAGGUCAAACUCGCGUAAAGAAUUCAAAAAAUCAUCGUCCUUCUGUUCCUGACUGCGGAAAAGAUUGAUCACGAAGUGGCACAAUUUCGCUUCAAGGAAGUCUGAAAUGUGGCCCACCACACCUUGUGUCAGGUGAGGGGAAGGGGUGGUACCCUAUUUUUAUCUUGGAGAAAAAACUGACCGCAAUUUUACCCCUCUACAAAAACGAAUUAUUUAAAAGCACAGUAAUAUCUAUGAUAAAUACAUCAUGGCAAUCCAGGCUGCCUGGUGUAUUGUUACCCAAUAAAUUAUCCUGUUAAUUAUGAUCCCGCAUUAGAACACAAACCAUAGCACUAGAAAUAUUCUCGGAAAUAUGAUCUGCGCACACGACACUGAAGGAUUUUACCUGUAACGUACAUUCAGUGAAAUAUUUGGACAAAUUUUAAGUGGAAUAUUAUGUGAAAAUAUUCGAAUCGGACUCAUUUUGUAAAUGUAUGAUAAUCAUAGAUUUGUAAAAAGUAUACAACAAUGUAAUAUAGUUAUAUUUUAAAUGAAAGUAAACAAGGGA